AUGCGGUUCCCAUUGGCUCAGAGCCUCGGACAACUCUGGUAUGAGUCCCAGGAUUUCAUUUUCUCUCUAUCUUUCUCAUUUGAUGAAGUGCCUGUGAAUCAACGCCCUCUCAGAUCAUCAUCAAAACCUUCGUCCUUGAAUUCCAGCAUUGAUUUCGAUUUCGAUUUCUGCGUCGCCAAAAGCAUCGAACAACAACAACAACCACCGUCGUCCGCCGAUGAACUUUUCUCCGAUGGAAAAAUCCUUCCUACUGACAUCAAGAAAAACAACGUCCCUUCCGAACAAACUCAUCACCGGUCUCCGCCUCCUCCUCCUCCGCCGUUGCCGCCACCACCUCCCGAGGAUGUUAAUGUUGAUUCCACGAAACAUAGCUCAAAGUCGUCAUUUUGGAACUUCAAAAGGAGUAGAAGCUUCACCUGUGGAAAUAGUUAUGGCCGGAGCUUAUGCCCUUUGUCACUUUUGUGGAGAAGCAAUUCAACUGGCUCAACACCGAGUAUUAAACAGCCUUCCAGUAACCCUAAGCACAUCAAUUCACAUAAGCAUCUCAAGCCUCCAUUGAAGAAGAAUACUACUGCUUAUAAGCUUCAUGGUAAUAUUAUCGGCGGUGUUCAUGUUAACCCGGCUCUCAAUGUUCCUUCUUUGAAUUUGUUCGGGUUGGGUUCGAACUUCUCCAAUGGGAAAGCUAAGAAUUGCCACUGCAAGAGGAAAUGAUUGGCAUUUCAGUUUGUUGAUAAUUACCAUUUGAGAAGACAAAAGAAGCUUAUGGAAAUGACAGGUGCCAGCGUUUUCAUGGUGUCUGUUCAAUAAUUUUCUCUGUCCCUGCAUUUUAUCAAG